CUGACCGAGAUUGAGUUGAAAUCAUGUGGCACUCUUGUCUUGUCGAACGGAAGUUGGAUCCAAUCGAGCAAACAGCAUGUGUACAGACGCUGGAGUCGGUCAAUAGUGGAGCACGCGGCAUAAUUUAUUCCUGAUUGUCCCUGUAACGGAGGCAGGCCCACGCUCUAUGGCUCGCUGCAUGACAAACGCCACUGACAGUCAAUUUUAGGGAUUUAGCAGGUCUCCAAAUUUCUCUGGAAUGGCGGACGGCACAAUGCGUGAACGAAUGCGAGAGGGCAUGACCUCGCUAUGGCUGGCCAUCAACCGGAAGAAGACGGUUACUGACGACUUUCAUGACACGCCCCUCAAACGAUGCCUCAACACCUUCGAUAUUACCCUUCUAGGGAUUGGUCACAUGAUCGGGGCUGGUAUCUAUGUUCUCUCCGGCACCGUCGUCAAGGAUCUCGCUGGACCUUCCGCGGUCCUGUCCUUUCUUUUUGCUGGAUUUGCAGCCAUUUUGUCGGCGCUUUGUUACGCCGAGUUUGGCGCCAGAGUGCCCAAGGCAGGUUCCGCCUACUCUUACACCUAUGUCACUCUUGGCGAGUUAUGGGGCUUCAUUAUAGGAUGGAACAUCGUCCUGGAACAUCUCCUCGGCGCGUCGGCCGUCGCGCGAGCCUUCAGUGGCAGUCUCGACUCUAUUUUCAACGGUGCCAUUCGGAACAGUACUAUUACAAACAUUGGUUACCUGAGUAAGGAAAGCGAAUGGCUUUCGGAUUACCCAGACUUUAUAGCGUUUUCUGUUACUAUUAUAGUCUUCAUAGUUGUUGGAACUGGAGCGAAAUUUACGAUGAACUUCAAUAACGUUUUUACCGUGCUGAACAUGAUUGUCAUAGUAUUUCUGAUCUGCGUUGGAUUUUAUUUUGCCGACAUUCAUAAUUGGGAAAAUACAAAAAAUGGUGGAUUUUUCCCAAAUGGAUUUGGUGGAUGUCUUUCUGGCGCGGCCACCUGCUUUUUCGCAUAUAUAGGGUUCGAAGGAAUAGCCACGGCAGGGGAAGAGGCAAAGAACCCCGAACGCUCCAUUCCCAUCUCAACAGUGACGUCAUUAGGGAUUGUCACGUUUCUUUACAUCAUGGUUACGGCGGCAUUAACCCUUAUGAUUCCUUACAAUGAUGUCGAUCCGAAUGCUGCGUAUCCGAUGGCGUUUGCUAUGAGAAGUGCGGAAUGGGCAAAAUAUAUCGUUGCUAUAGGAACUUUAUUUGGAAUCACUACGUCUCUGCUUGGGUCAGCGUUCUCUUUACCUCGUACAAUUUACGCAAUGUCUUCUGAUGGUCUUCUUUUUAGUAUAUUUGCCUACAUUUAUCCUAGAACACAGACCCCCGUCUGGGGAAUAUUUACCUUCGGAAUGGUGUCCGCAGUAAUGGCGCUAUUGUUUGAGAUUGAAACUCUCGUCGAGUUUAUGUCGAUUGGUACUCUUAUGGCUUACACCAUUGUUGGGGCUUCUGUAAUUAUUUUAAGAUAUCUUCCGGUUUACAAAUGUCAAUUCAAACUAAAACCGGAAGUGGAGGCCGAAGAUGUGAGACCUGGACCGAUUAUGGAAAAUGAAGAAAGUUCUAUACUUAAGAAAUCAAAGAGCCAUGACGACUUUGGACGCCUGAAAGAAAAAUUAAAAGCAAUACCUUUGUUGCGGUCAUUCCAGCCCGGAAACGCUUCCCUGCUGGCCACUUUCCUUAUCCUGGUCUGCAUUGUCUGUUUCUGUGCAACCCUGAUUUUUGGCUUCAGUUAUAUAGAAGCGGGCGCAUGGUGGGCCAUCCUCCUCGUGAUCCUGUUCGGUAUCGCCAUCAUUGGCUGCUUCCUCGUCAUGGUCGCUCACGAGAAGAAUGACGCCUUCACCACAUUUUCGAUCCCCUUCGUGCCCCUGAUACCGAUCCUGAGUAUGUUCUGUAACAUUGCCCUAAUGCUGAACCUGAACUACCUGACCUGGAUUCGACUCGGCAUCUGGAUGGUCGUCGGAUUAACGAUCUACUUUUCGUACGGAUUGUGGCACAGUCACGAGGCCCGCUCCACCAACGGUUACGGCGAGAUUGUCCAUUACACAGGGGAGGCCAACAUCUCAUGUAGCACCAUCAGUAACAUGAACGAGGAAGUGUUGGAGCAACAGCCGCCCCGCAACCCCCACGAGGACUUCCAGGGUGCCAUGUAGUUAGGUGAUCGGGAUCCUUUAGAGGUCCAGCAGACCUUUAUGACUGUAGAAGAGGAGGAACAAAUAAAGAGGAGAAAAACAAGUGCUUAAACUGUUAUACAGAAAACAAGAUAUUAUUUAAGAUUUGUAUUGGGGAUGAAUAAUCACGGAUAAUUUCUGAAACUUCUUGCGCCUUCAAAGGAAUAAUUAUUUACUGAAAAUAUUUGAUGAUUUAGUAGUGAUUUGGAGUAGGUUGACAAACCCAAGAAUGUUUGACAUUUAAGUAUGGAGGAUUGACGUACCUUGGACAAAUGAAGAGUUAUGUCCCUUCGACUAGUGUAAUGUUGGAAAGCAUUGUCAUCGGCUGGCCUCAUCUAAUAACAAAGCAGCAAUCUGAGUAAGAAGAAGUUGUCACUAGUAAUUCAUCACCAACGGCUUUUACUGUAUUUUCAUCAAAUGGAUGAAGUCAAAGAUAAUUUCACUAGGCGGCCAUGACUGUGUUUGUAACUUGUUAAAUUUUUGUAACUAUGAACGACUUUAGAGUAAGUAUAAAAGAAAAUGGGGGGAAAUCUAUAGAUGAGGACAAGAAAGAAACUGUAGACUACGUGAGGAAUAAACAGCAUGUUGUAUGACACUUAAAGGAAACACUCCAUCAAAGGCCUGAGUUACUUGUUCAAUGUCGAUAAUAGCUAGAUAAGCACACUUCAUUUUCUUAGCCAUAAGCACUGACCGCAGAACUGUGAUUUUACACUCAAGUAAGUACAUGAGUCUUCUGAAACUGUUUCUAGCGUUUGAUGUCUUUGACUUUUCGAUGAGCCUUUCUAAUCGAAGAAUGUCUGCUGAACAAGGAAAAAGGUCACGAUUGAGGUGUUAGAUUCGGUGUAAGGGGGAGCUAACUCUUCGGAGAGUGGUCUCCCUUGCUAGUGAUUUAACCCCAGUCAUGUUCAUGUUGGAAUUCCAAGGUGCAUUACCAUCGCUGUUGCCAAAAUGAAUUAUUUUCCAAUAUAAUCUAUAUAUAUAUGUAUAUAUAACAUAAAUUAUUUUUGUGUAAUAUUUGAAACUGGCUGUGUAUGUUGUUGCUGUUGAAUGUUAAUGCUGUUGUGUAGUGCAGGUUGAUAUACAUGGUAAUGAUACUGUUUAAUACAUUACUAUAUAUAAAAUGUAUAGUUUAAAGCUACGCACGUCCCAAUUGGAUUCUUCCUAACGUUUUUGUUCGAAACGAUAUUUUUCUAAAUCUUCUCUACAGGUUUUAUAUAAAUCCACAUUUCCUAUUUUUGUUUAUUGAAAACUGAAAAAACAGUAAACACUUACGCCUUUGUCAUUUGGGUUACGCUAUACUGAAACAACCGGUAACUAAUUACUAAUAGUAGCUCCAACUUUAUAAACGAAUUAUAUGUAGGUUCAAUAAUAUGUCUUUAAAUUUGAAGAACAAAGUACUUAUUUCAGAAUCAUCGAUCCAUUUCAAUAAGUGUGUACUUUAAAUUUCAAUUUGGACAAAAGUUGCAUUAACGAAGCGUUAUGGUUACAAUAAAAUAGUACUGACACUAGGAAAUGUAACCGGCCUAGCUUUGGUAUCUUAACGAUCUCAAAAGCCAAACACAAAUCUAAGCUAUCUCUUCAGCUUAUAUAUACUUAUCACACGUAUUGUGUAGAAUGCUUUGCCUUGUCAUGAAUCCUUCGUUGUUUCCAUAGUUACUUAUGACGUAAUUGUCAAGGCCAUUGUUAGGUAGUGGUAGUGGACUGUCCACGUUAUUGCUUUAUGAGAUUCGCAUUAUCAUAUUGUACCUAUUGUUAUUGUCCUAGUCAUCAUCAAACCCGACGGCGUUAUAUAGACAACUCAUAGAAACGUAUCUAUGUUUGUGCAGUGAGUAAUACUAUUGAUGUAUGUUGAUAUACAAAAGUGUUAUUGGCAAUAGUCACUACAGUAUACAGUGAAGGUGAUCUGGUGUAUAUUCUAAGCCAUGUCUGAAAUACAAACAGUAGUCGGUAUUGUCGCCUAUAAAACCCUAUAGCAACACCGUUAACUAAACUUCUCUUCCUCGUUAAUUUCAUAUUUGUAACUUAAUGACACAUCCGCACACAACCAAUUGACACUCUUCAAAUGUAUAAAAAGAUAAAAAUACAUUUUACAAUUUAGAAUUAUUACCAUUUAGGAUAAACAUUUUAAAAUUAAUUAUCUUACUUUACGGUUUGCAAUUUGGAAGAAGUUGAAUUACUACCUGGGUUUUAAAUGUUUCAUUUACGAUUGUAAUGAACUUUUCACAGGUUUCACAGGUUUCCCCCAGAAUGAUAAUGUCAUGUCUAUUUCACAACACAAUAUUUUAAUGAAUGUUCCACGUGAUCUGUUUGAACACAUUCAUUAAGUAUAUUCAACUUUUGUCGGAAGUUCUAUUGACGAAAAUUGCAAUGCGCAUGCCUUUUACAUCUCUAAUUCAUGUACCUCACUAAACGGGAAAUACUGUUUUUAUUUAAGCCGAUUACUGUGUUUGUCUUUCAUCCCUGGUAAAUAAUAAUGUACCAUGUUAUGGAAAUAACUGUCAUUUCAGAAUACUUUUACAAAAAAGAAGAGCGAAACAUACGUCAAUAGUCGCUGUAAUGUAUGUUAUGUUCCAUUUAAAUACGGUUAUUUGGUUCCUGAUCGCCUGGAUAACUGGAUAAUGAAUUUUAUAAGCAUUGAUAUUCUCUCUUGAUAUUAUUAUAGAAAGGUUUAAAGAUGAAGAGACUUAUUUUUUUAAUUUUAUUUUUCUAUAUCCUAAG